CAUACACUCUAUCCCUCAAAAGCUCCAGGCUCAAUGAAAGAAGUCAACAAAAUGUCCGCCACAUUAACGGUCCUGUAUCCCAAUGAAGCCGGAGCUACGUAUGACCUCCAGUACUAUAAGGACGUGCACAUGCCCCUGAUGCAGAAACAUUGGACCAAGUACGGCCUUAAGAGGUGGACUAUCCCAAAGUUUCUAUCCAACGUUGACGGGUCGCCGCUCCCGUUUAUCUUUUAUGCAGUGGUUGAGCUGGAAAGUGCCGAACAGCUGGCGAAAGCCCUCGCUGAUGCCGCGGGUGAGGAGAUGGCAAAUGAUGUCAAGAAUUACACCAGCAUCAAACCCAUCCUGCUUGUCGGCGAGCAUCUGGCCGAUGUUCAGGUUUAG